AUGGACUACUUCUCGGUCAAGCAACAGUUCUACACGGGCAAUUACAGGCAGGCUCUGCAGGAGGCCGAAAAGCACAAGACGGAUGACGACACGGUGGUGUACUAUAAGAGUAUGGCGCAACUGGCGCUAAAAGAGUACUCUAAGGGCAGCGGCAAUGCAGGACUACAGGCGGUGUUUGACGCUUACGUGGACUGCAGAGAGUCGGGGGCGCUGGACAAGCUCAAGCAGGCGGCCGAGGCGCACCCGGGACCAUACAGCGCGAACCUGGUGGCGUGCGCGCAGGCGGCCGGCGGCGACUACGAGGGGGCGCUGGCGACCUGCAAGGACGGCGACGCCGCGGAACUGGUGCUGACGGCGGUGCAGGCCGCGCUCCUGGCCGGGCAGCAGGCGGCGGCAGCCGCGCUGUUUGAGGCGUACGUGGCGGCACACGAACAGGCAGGCGAGGACGAGAUAGUGCUGAACACGGCCGAGGCGUACCUGAACUUUGCGCGCAGCCGCGAGGCCAUGGGCUCGAACUUUUACUUCUUCGAGGAGUUGUGUCAGACGUUCCCGAGCUGGCGCUCGCAGCUCGGGCUCCUGAACCUGCACCUGCAGCAGGCGCACCUGCCAGAGGCCCGGGCAAUCAUCGACCUGCUGGAGGACGAGUACUAUGGCGCGAUGGCUGGCGCGGCGGCGUUCCGCGCAGAUCUUCUGGCAUGCAAGAUCACAUACGCGGCCAUGAAUGGCGACGAGACCGCGGCGCUGCGCGCAGAGCUGCAGGAGCUGGACGCAGCGCACCCGCUGAUCCAGAAGCACCUGGAGAACGACGCGAGCUUUGACGCCAUUGUGGAGAAGUACUCGUCGUCUAUACAGGACGCUAAGUAG